CCAUAGGUCAAAAACGACAAGUGGAACUCUUGAUUCCGUUCACUCUCCCUUUCUCAACACCACCUACAUGCUCCAUUAAAUAUGGAUGCAACCUCUUUUCUUUCUUGUAGUGUUCUUAAUUAUUUAUUUUGCUUUUCCAAUCCAUCCUGAUUUUCUCUUCUACUAUUCUAGAAUCACUUGAAUGGCUUCCAAGAGAAUACUGAAGGAGCUCAAGGACUUGCAAAGAGACCCACCAACUUCAUGCAGUGCAGGCCCUGUAGGUGAGGACAUGUUUCAUUGGCAAGCUACAAUCAUUGGUCCAAAUGAAAGUCCCUAUGCUGGUGGCGUUUUCCUUGUGUCUAUCCAUUUCCCUCCUGAUUAUCCCUUCAAACCUCCCAAGGUUGCAUUCAGGAGUAAGGUAUUCCAUCCCAACAUUAACAGCAAUGGUAAUAUUUGCCUGGACAUACUUAAAGAACAAUGGAGUCCUGCUCUCACCAUAUCCAAGGUGUUGCUCUCUAUAUGUUCUCUGCUAACAGAUCCAAAUCCUGAUGACCCUCUUGUGCCUGAAAUUGCUCAUAUGUAUAAGACUGACAAAGGCAAGUAUGAGUCCACUGCUAGAAGCUGGACACACAAGUAUGCCAUGGGCUAAGAGUCUCUGCCCUCUUUGACUCUUCCAAUACUUUUGGGAUUGUCUUUUUGCUCUUCAAAACCCUUCCCCCCCUUUUUUUUACUGAAAAACUUGCAUACAUAUGGUAUUGUUCUCAAAGGCUUUUCCUCUGUAAUUGGAGCAUGCUCUCUAUGAAUAAAUGCUACUAUCAUUUGGAGCUUUUCUUAUAUAUAUAUAUAUAUUUUUU